AUGGAGGAAGCUUCGGUGGGCGGCUUGCCUCCUCGCUUCGCGGCACUUCUGCAAGAGCUUGCAGCUGUGCACCUCGAAGAGGUUGCAAAGCUGCGACCAGACUCUUGCACAUCUCCGCGAAUGCCUGCUCCACCUUCGAUGUCUCCGCCUCUCAAGGCUAUCAGUCGUUCGGAAUCCCGACCACUUGAAGACGAUCCGCGAGCCACGGUAGCUACUGUUUCAACCGGCCUGGGUAGUCCACACGCUCAAACUGCCCAGACGUCAGCAUCACUGCGGUCGGACCAGUCGACGAUGGAUCUUGGGCUUUACUUGGAGAGUGACGGCUCGGAUGACGAAGCGCCAAUCGACACUGGCCUGGAUCGCGUACGAGCUUUCUUCUUGAGCGGUACUUUUGAGAUGUUGAUUGCCGGGCUGCUAUUUGUGAACGUGUGCUUUAUGGCUGCUCAACUACAAUACCUCGGCCUGAGAAUUGGCCACAGCAUUGGGUAUCCCCGCUAUGAUCAGCCCGCGCACCAGGCAUGGCCCAAUUCGGAACAGAUCUUCCUGCAGGGCGACCUGAUUUUUGCAUCCUUGUUUACGAUCGAAAUGCUGACUCGGAUGUAUUACCUGCGAAUGACCUUUUGGAGAUUUGCGCUGAACUGGAUCGAUUUCCUGGUGGUUUGCAGCUCGUGGCUGGAAUUGUUUGCAGCUGCAUUGCCGAUCAGCCCGACAUUUCUCCGACUGUUGCGGCUGGGGAAGUUGCUCCGGGCCAUUCGAGUGGUGAGGAUGUCUGCCGUUUUGGAGUCGUUGCAGCUACUCUUGAAGUGCAUAUUUGCGAGUGUGCGCAUCCUUUUCUGGUCUUUGUUCCUGCUGAUGAUAAUUCAGAUCAGUGCCGGCAUGACGAUCAGCUACAUGGUGAGCGAGUUUAUGCUGGACCCGGGGGCGCCGAUGGAAGCCCGAUUUGCUGUUUUCCGCUAUUACGGAACCUUCUCGGCAACCCUGCUCACCAUGUUCGAGGUGCUUUUCGCCAACUGGGCACCCCCGUGUCGAGUUCUCAUCGACUAUGUCAGUGAGUGGUACGCGCUGGUGUUCAUCAUCUAUCGCUGUUUCGUCGGGUUCGCUGUGCUGAACGUCGUCAACGCCGUCUUUGUCCAGAGCACGAUGAAGGUUGCGCAGGCAGACGAGGAGGUCAUGGCCAGGGAGAAGCGGAGGUCGGAGCAGGCCUUCCAGCGGAAAGUGUCGGCUCUCUUUAGGCAGGCCGACAUCUCUGGGGACGGCAAGAUCGAUAUGAAGGAGUUCAAGAGACUCCUGAAAGCGCCAAAGCUUCACUUGUGGUUGAGUCAGCUGGAAAUUGAGACUACGGAUCUCUGGGGUUUGUUCCAGAUGCUGGAUACAGGCGAUGGGGAAAUUUCAUUGGAGGAGUUUGAAGCUGGCACCAUGCGAAUUAAAGGGAUGGCCCGCAGCUUCGAUCUAGCACAAGUGCACAGACUGGUCGAAAGGCUCAGCUUGAAGGUGGAUGACAUUGCCAGGCAAGUUUCUGCACAAAGCCCGUCUCUCUAA